AAAGACUGACACAAAUCACAGCACUGUUGAGAGAAGCAGAUUUGUAAUUUAGGUCUUGCGUGACAAAAAAAAAACCAAAGCAUCUUUCAUAUCUUUGCUUUAAAAGAAGAUCGGUUUGAUGGACUGAUAGGCUGCAUGGACUUUCCUGUGAAAUCUAAACAGUUAUGAUGCCAAAUUUAGGAUCAAAGAAGAAGGACAAUCCAUCCAGAUUGGACAGGCACACCGAGGACUUGCCACAGUUGAGCAAUGAGAUGCAGCUGAGCAUCAUGCAAAAGGUGAAGAGCGGAGAAUUGUCCAUCGAGGAUGCCCUGAACCAGGCCAGGAAGGACGGGAAGCAGGGGCCUAAUCAGAAGACAGUGGCUGAAGAGGAACCACAACCCUCACAGUACAACUUCAGUGUUCACAAACACAGUCGCUACAGAUGGCAGAAGAGGGUUCUUCAGAUCGAUUUCAAGACCAAAAUGCUGUGCAGUAUUGAGAAAGGCAUCAUCAAUCGGCAACUUCCCUUCCCCCAUGUCAAAAGUUGUGAUGAUGGAGUGGGUUCUAGGUUUACCAUUUCCUUUAAAGGACAUCAUGAUUAUGAAUUGGAGGCCACUUCACUGGAGGACAAACAAAAGAUGAUGCAGCUCGUGAAUCAGAUCAUUUAUGGGAACAUAUACAGUGACAAUACAGAAACACGUCAGCAGCCUCAAGCGUCACAGAGACUUCAGGAAGGGGUCUUGUUACUGCACCGGGGUGGCCUGGCAUCCUUCAGAUGGGUGAAAUAUGAGGUCCAGCUCCAUCCAGGUCAGCUAAUACUGCUCCCCUUCAGGCGACGAGGCCCCGCUAACACUGAGGUGACAUCCUCGGUGCCCUCGUCCAUCGUGAUUCAUCUGUCAGACGGCGACACCAGUGUACAGAAACCUAACAGCUCCGACGCGUUCACACUGAUCACCCACAAAAACAUGUACCAGUUCCGGGUCCCUGUACCAGAUCAAGCAACUUCCACUGGAUCUGUCCAGACGGAGCGAGAUGCUUGGGUUAAGGCUAUUGACAAACUAUGUUCAGGCUGGAAGAGGAAGUCCAUGGACGAAUGCACGUUUAUGGAAAGAAUGGGCCUAAAACAUCUCAGCAUAGCUGAAGACGCAGAGGACACCAACGCAGAGCUUGAGUCAAGUGGUGAAUUGGGUGGUAGAAAUACGACUUAUCUUCCAGUUGAUUAUAAAAAUGCAAAUCCCCCUUCUGGCAGUGGAGAUCAUUUAUCAGCCAAUGACACGAGUCAAAGUUAUCCCUCAGCCGACCAUGCCAAGCCUGUUCCGAAACCUCGCAGCACCAGCAACACUGAUGUCAGGCCUGAUAUUUUGCCUUCCGUCCCAUCACCAACCUCCCCUGAUGUCUUUGCCUUAUCUACGUCUUCUUCCCCUCAACCCUCACCCUCCAAUGCUAUCUGCACACCCUCUUCCACAGUCCCAGAGUCUCUUAACCAUGAAUCAGGCACGUCAGUUGAGAAAGAGCCUUCAUCCGUGAGUGUCCCACCCCCACCACCACCUUUACCCUUCAAACUCAUGAUGAAUUUAAGGAAACCACGUAUCAAGGCUUUCCACUGGGACCUAGUUGGCAAAGAGAAGAUUGCAAAAUCAUUUUGGAUACAGGAAUGCACCGGGAGGAUUGAAAUCGACACAUCGCGCUUAUAUGAGCAAUUUGCCGUUAAAGAUCUGGGGACGUCUGGUGUGGCUGAGCAGAGCAACACCCAGGAUAUUAUGCUCAACAAGAAGAUCGCACACAACUUCAACAUUUUCCUCAAAAGUUUUCCAGUGCAAGCGGGAGAGCUGAAGGACAAACUGUUCAUUGUUAAUGAGGAAGAUGGAGGCCUGUCUGAUGAGCACAUCACCUCUCUGAGGAGGUACAUCCCCACGUUGAGUGAUGUGGAAAUGUAUAAAUCACACAAGGGACCUGUGGCAGAGCUGCAUAUUGUGGACCAGUACAUGAUGGAGAUGUGCAACAUCCCCUGUCUGAGCACACAGCUCGACCUGCUGCUGACUCUGAGAGAGCUUCCGAUCAGCAUGAACGACCUGCAGCCUCUGAUUAACCAGAAGAUCAGAAUGUGCACGCAGCUGAACAACUGCAGGUCAUUUGUUUCGGUGCUGGAGUACCUCCUCGCCAUUGGCAAUUACCUCAACGAGAACGGCAGGAAGGGAAAGGCCAAGGGAUUCCGCCUCUCCUCCUUAACUAAACUCAGCCAGCUCCGUGGAAAAGACAAGAAGUUCACCUUGCUCCAUGCCCUUGUGGAACAGAUCAUGUUGCAUGAGCCGAGCCUGGCCACUUUUACCCAGGAGUUGGCAGAAUUUGAAACUGUCCCAGGAGCUUCCAUCAAAGGCCUGACCGCAGAAGUGGAUGUCAUGAAGAAUGAACUGCAGAAAGUCAUUCAGUAUAAAAAAACGUACAAGAAGACAAAUGCUGGAGUUCAUCGCCCAAACUUCUCCAAAGACCUGAAGGCUUCAAUUGAAAAAUAUAACACGGAUCUCUCUGCACUGACGAAGUCAUGUGAGGAGAUGAAGAAACUCUACUCUGUCAUGCUGGUCAAAUUCGGUGAACCGGCGGAUCAAGACUCUCAAGAGCUCUUUGGGUUGAUCUGUCAUUUUGUCAACGAAUUCAAGGAGGCCCAUGCUGAAAUUCUAUGAGUGAAAGGCCGACUGUUCAGAGUACAUAUGAGAAACCACUGAGACGGCAGCGAUGCUUAAUAAGCCAACCGAACGGGUCUUAUUCUCUUAGUCUCAGGUCAGAAACAGAAACACACAAAAGCAUAUGGGAUACAACUUAAAUGCAGUAAUUAAUAAAUGAAGAUACAGUAAAGUAAGAUUAUGCCUGGGUUUAAAAUGUUAGGUGCUUGUAUUUUUCUUCUGUGUACAGAUAUCUUAUUUUACAAUGAGCGUUGGAUGUGAUUCAUUGUAUAAACAUGCAGUAUGAAGAGUACAGCUCAUGCACCUGGGCAAUAGGAUGUCGGUGGAAAUCUAUUUUGUGAAUGUUAAACUGAUCUCUGUAUGUGUUCCACUAUUUCAUGUCAAAAGUUGGUUUGAUUUGGAUCAACUUCAUGAGUACUGACAUUUAUUUUUGAGACGAAUCAGUAAUGCCGGAUUUGCAACACACUUGGAUGCUGAAAGUGUGCCGCCGAUACCCACAGCGGUCUGCUGGCAGAGAAGCAAAACAAACAUUCCUUCGGAGGCCAGCUGAGGCUGGUGUACUUUGGGUGUGUGAUUAUUUUGAAACAUGCAACCGUGCUGUGGUCGGGGGACGUUUCCUAUCCCCACGUUCCUGAAGAGCUCCAAGGCUGCCUCUGAUUAAGGAACACAUACCACUGUGCCAUGACGAGAAACAACAAAAGAUCUUCUUAAGGUAGAAAGAUAUUUUCAGCACUGGUUAGAACCAGGCGGCAACCUCAGCUUCUGACGAGUGAAGCCGAUGCGGAAGUGUCUUCAAACUUGCAUUCUCUCU